AUGGAAGGAGAAACUGUGAGCUUGAUCUCAAAUGGAGAGACAUCUGCAAUUGAAGAACUGUCAGAUUCAAAUAGCAGCACUCAUCCAUUUCCACCUAGUAAGCGUGCAAGGUCUGGCAGUAAUGUCAGCGCUUCAAAAUUCAAAGGUGUUGUGCCACAGCCAAAUGGUCACUGGGGUUGUCAAAUAUAUGCCAACCACCAACGGAUUUGGCUUGGAACCUUUAAAUCUGAAAAGGAGGCAGCUAUGGCCUAUGAUAGUGCAGCAGUAAAGCUCCGGAGUGGCGAUUCCCGGAGAAAUUUCCCAGUAACUGACAUAACGGUCGAUGAACCAAAAUUUCAAAGUUAUUACAGCACUGAACUCGUGCUUAACAUGAUAAAGGAUGGUAGCUACCAAUCCAAGUUUGCUGAUUUUAUAAGGACAUGCUCCCAAAGUGUUGAAACUGAUCUCAGCCUCAAGCUUAUGAUGCCACAAAGUAGUAGAGGACUAACAUAUAAGCAACUGUUUCAAAAGGAGCUAACACCAAGUGACGUUGGUAAACUAAAUAGGCUUGUCAUCCCUAAGAAGUACGCUAUUAAGUACUUCCCACAUAUUUCUGAAAGCGCAGAAGAAGAUGAGGCAGCUGACAAAAUGAACGACUUGAUGCUACCCUUCUAUGACAAGUCAAUGAAGUUGUGGAAAUUUCGCUAUUGUUAUUGGAAGAGCAGUCAGAGUUAUGUCUUCACAAGGGGUUGGAAUCGAUUCGUGAAGGAGAAAAAAUUGAAGGCAAAUGACACUAUUGCUUUCUGCUUAUGCGAGAGUGGAGAAACAGUAGAUUCUGCUGCUCAAACAUUCCACAUGAUUGACGUAAGCAACCGUGACAACAGCAGUAGCCAUGCACCUAAAGUUGAGGUACAGAUUCGCCUAGGCCCAGGCCUCGCCGGCGACAGUACUGUCAAUAAGAACGUUGAAGAAGAGAGAAUGAUGGGAGCUAAUAAGCCAACACAUACUGAAAAAACAGGCUUUAAACUCUUUGGCAUACAAAUUAUCUGA